UUACGAGCAGAAACUGUCGAAGAAGCACGACGCAUUUAAAUGGCCGGUCGCGUAUUGCCGCGGAUUCAGUUUUGUCGCCGACCUCCCGAAAUCGGAUUCUGUUUUUCGCGUGUUUUUUCACUGGUGCACCGCGCUCAGAAUACCUGACGUUCCUUCUACUGUCCUCAGCAAGUGUCAGCGAGCCACAUCGAGAAGAUUUUCAGCGAAGGAAACGGGAAUCAAGCUGAAGGAGAGCGCUCGUUCCGCCAAACGAUUCGCGGACAUAUGAUUAUCCGUUUGCACGGUCGUUGUUCCCUCUCGUUUUCGCGUAUAUUAGCUGGUUGCCAGUAGGAUGUGUCGUGGAUGUAAAAACAAGUAACUCUUGAUCCUUAGAUCGUCCAACGAGUCGGUCACGAGGCCACGAAAUCCACCUUUAAUUCCUUAAACCACGCAGUGACAACACGCAGUGACAACCGAUCUUGUCGUCGACAACAUAGCUCUUUAAGAUGAACAAAUCAAACGAUGUGGUAGAUGCAAACCAAAAUGAUAGACCCCCAGUAUAUGUGAAUCAUGGUUUGAUUGGGUCCAGCGAUAGUUUGAAUCUCGGUUAUUCAAACAGUUCUCAAAUUCUAGAUAAUUCGUAUGAAAGUCAUCAAGAAAUACAAGGUUCUUCAGAUUUUAUCUUGGUAGAAGAAUCUGACUACGAAUUGCAACAGAAGGAUAGUUUCCUACAUUCCGCGUUAUAUCAGUUGAGACGACGUUGUAGAUCAGCUUGUACAAAGAAAACCAUAUAUAAAAGGGUACCAAUUUUAAAUUGGUUACCAAGAUAUAAUAGUCAGGAUGCGCUUGGUGAUCUUGUUGCUGGUGUUACAGUGGGUCUCACUGUUAUUCCACAAUCGUUAGCAUACGCUAACGUAGCAGGUCUACCACCUCAAUAUGGACUGUAUGGUAGCUUUUUAGGCUGCUUUAUUUAUGUUAUAUUUGGAUCUUGUAAAGAUACACCAAUGGGACCUAGUGCCAUUAUAUCUUUGCUAACGUACCAAACAGUUUCACACGUGGAUGCACCACUGAAACAUGCGAUAUUCCUUUGCUUUUUGGCCGGAGUGAUAGAACUGAUAAUGGGUAUAUUUGGUCUCGGAUUUUUAAUUGACUUCGUAUCUGGGCCAGUUAGCUCCGGAUUCACGUCAGCAGUAGCUUUGAUAAUUAUUACUUCGCAAAUAAAAGAUAUACUUGGCAUUUCUGUGAAAGGUUCGCAAUUUGUUGAAAUAUGGAAAAACCUUGCUAGCCACAUACAUGAAACUUCACCUUGGGACGCUGCUCUUGGAGUAACUUGUAUCGCGCUUCUUUUACUUCUCAGGCUUCUAGCAUCAUAUAACAUUGGUCCCAAAGAGGCAGAAUCACAAAGUACAAAAUAUCGCGUGUUAAAUAAAUUUAUAUGGUUAUUUGGUACAUCACGAAAUGCAUUUUUAGUAAUAUUGUCCGGUCUUUUAGGAUAUAGUUUUAGAGAAAAGCCACCCUUCAAAUUGGUUGGAUAUAUACCAGAAGGUAUGCCAAAUGUACAAUUACCACCAUUUAGUUACAUUAAAGAUGACAAUACAACAGUAACAUUUAUUGAUAUGAUUUCAAAUUUGGGAAGCGGUAUUCUUGUUUUACCGCUUAUCUCGUUAAUGGAAGACAUUGCUAUUUGUAAAGCCUUCUCAACUGGAAAAUCAGUUGAUGCAACACAAGAACUAAUAGCAAUUGGAAUAUCAAAUAUUGGUAAUUCCUUUGUUCAGGCAUUUCCUGGUACAGGAUCUCUUAGCAGAAGUGCAGUAAACAAUGCUUCUGGAGUAAGAACACCAAUGGGCGGCAUUUACACUGGUACUUUAGUAAUAUUAGCCCUUUUAUUUCUCACUCCCUACUUCAGCUACAUCCCGAGAAGUACAUUAGCAGCAAUUAUUAUAGCUGCAGUAAUAUUCAUGGUUGAAGUUAAAGUUGUAAAACCAAUGUGGAGAACUAAAAAAUCAGAUUUAAUUCCCGGAUUGGGUACAUUCAUUGCGUGUUUGUUGUUACAAUUAGAAAUUGGAAUUCUAUGCGGUAUUGGAUUAAAUAUUUUAUUUAUUUUAUAUCAUGCAGCACGACCAAAAAUAUCCGUGGAGAAACUUACUGUACGUAUUUCUCAUUUUUUAACUUCUUUUUACAAAAUUUUAUUUAAUAUGUAGGAAGUUGUUUGUAAUUUCGUUUAUUUAAUUUUUUUAAUUAAUUUUAGAAAAAACUACAUUUAAAAAUUAUUAUAAUGAACUUGAAGAAUUGGUGGACAUAUAAGUAGAUGGUCCUAUACUUCAAGAUUUAUUCUACCUCUUGAACUUUAAUCUCGCUUUUGCGGCAUUAGCAUAAAAAAUUUUUAUCUGUUAAUUGUUUAAUUGUUCCUCUUCUUAAAAAAAGAGAACAUGUAUGAGAUACAAAAUAUAUACGGGUUCCUGUAAUAUGCGAGAAAUAACAAUAUAAUUUUAUUUGUACUUCUUUUAAUGCAAGAUUAGAAUAAAAAUACAAGAGAAAUUUAAUGAAAUUGUUUGUUAUCUAGUAGAAUUAAAAAUGAAAUAUUAAGUACUAAUAAAUAUUGACAAAAUAAAUAACAAUUAUUAAAUAUAAAAUAUAAAAGUCCUCUUUAUAUGUUAUUUUAAAAAUUUCGUUUAAGGAACUAUUUGGUUUUGUGUGAUGAUAAUAGUAACAACGUCGAUAAAUAACAAUAAUAACAUAAAUGUAGUAAUAAUAAAAACGAUAUUUAUUAAAUGAAAUACUAAUAUUAUGUGAUUGUUAAAGAUAACUUGCACCUUAUAUUAUCUGUAAACUAGUCAUAUAGUACGGCAAAUUUAGUAUAUAUUGUACAAUUUAUAGGCAUUGUAAUAUUAAAUAACACAUAACAUUUACAAUGAACCAUGACUGUGUGAGAGCAUUCUUUACUUUAUUGUUAAAGAAAAUAAAAUGUGCCUCUUUUGUUAUGUUACAUUAAA